AUGGCUCCAAAUAACAACUCAACCUGGGGUGUUGCAGCAGCAGAAAACAAGGAUCAAGGUACUGGAUGGGGAAAAAGCGAAUCUUGGGGUGCGAAAGUUGGAGGUGACAGCAAUCUGUCGGAUACUUGGCAAAAAGCAUCAGAACCCGCCAGUUCAUCCUGGGGGGUUGCAGCAGCAGUAGAUAACAAGGAUGAAGGUACUGGUUGUGGAAAAAGCGACGCUUGGGGCGCUAAAGUUGGAGGUGACAGCACUUCGUCAGAUACUUGGCAAAAAGCAUCAGAACCUGCUAGUUCAUCCUGGGGUGUAGCAGCAGCAGCAGAUAACAAGGAUCAAGGUUCUGUUUGGGGCGGUAAUGAUAGUCAGAAACCAAAUGUUGCAGAUGAUAGUGGUGAUCGAGGUUCUGCUUGGAGUAAGCCAGCUGGAGGUUCUUGGAGUAAACAAACUGGAGGAUCCUCAUGGGGUAAGCAAGAGGGCUCAAGUAAUGGUGAUGUAGGGUGGAAAAGUUCAAUACCAUCAGUAGAGAAUCAGACUGGGAGCUGGGGUAAUGCAGGUGGCUGGGCAAAAGCUCAAGGCGGAUCUGGUAAUGAGAAUGAGAAAGACAGCUGGAAGAAGCCUAGUGGUGUAGAAGAUGGAGGUUCUAUCUGGAAUAAACAAGAUGGAGGUUCUACUUGGAAUAAUCCUGCUGGUGGUUCUUGGAGUAAAGGUGGGGAUCAAGGGUCUGCUGGUGGGUAUGGUGGCAAUGGUGGUGGUGGUAGAGGGAGUGGAGGUGGGAAUUGUUUUAAGUGUGGUGAGUCUGGACACAUGUCCAGGGACUGCCCUCAGGGAGGCGGUGGUGGUAGAGGGAGUGGAGGUGGAAACUGUUUCAAAUGUGGUGAGUCUGGCCACAUGUCGAGGGAGUGCCCUCAGGGUGGCGGCGGUGGUAGAGGGGGUGGAAGUGGGAAUUGUUUCAAGUGUGGUGAGUCGGGACACAUGUCCAGGGAGUGCCCUCAGGGCGGCGGUGGUGGUAGAGGGGGUGGAGGUGGAAAUUGUUUCAAGUGUGGUGAGUCAGGACACAUGUCCAGGGAGUGCCCUCAGGGCGGCGGUGGUGAUGGUGGAAGUGGCAGCGGUGGAGCAAAGCCCACUGAAUCAUGGAGUAAGAGUGCUUGGGGUACUGGAGAUGGUGGAAGUGGCAGCGGUGGAGCAAAGCCCACUGAAUCAUGGACUAAGAGUGCCUGGGGUUCUGGAGAUGGUGGAAGUGGCAGUGGUGGUAGAGGGGGGAAUUGUUACAAGUGUGGUGAAUCUGGUCACAUGUCUAGGGAGUGCCCUCAGGGCAGCGGUGGUGGUAGAGGGGGUGGAGGUGGUAAUUGUUUCAAGUGCGGUGAAUCUGGACAUAUGUCGAGGGAGUGUCCUCAGGGGGGCGGUGGUGGUAGAGGGGCUGGAGGUGGUAACUGUUUCAAGUGCGGUGAAUCUGGACAUAUGUCAAGGGAGUGUCCUCAGGGGGGCGGUGGUGGUAGAGGGGCUGGAGGUGGUAACUGUUUUAAGUGCGGUGAAUCUGGUCACAUGUCGAGGGAGUGCCCUCAGGGCGGUGGUGGUGGGGGUAGAGGGGCUGGAGGUGGGAACUGUUACAAAUGUGGUGAGUCUGGACACAUGUCUAGGGAGUGCCCUCAGGGCGGCAGUGGUAGAGGCGCUGGAAGCGGGAACUGUUUCAAGUGUGGUGAGUCUGGACACAUGGCUAGGGACUGCUCUCAGGGAGGUGGUAGCUAUGGUGGCUUCGGUGGUGGAGCGAAGCCCACCGAGUCAUGGAGCAAGAGUGCUUGGGGUAGUGGUGGAGAUGGUGGAAGUGGCAGUGGUGGAGCAAAGCCCACUGAAUCAUGGAGCAAGAGUGCCUGGGGUACUGGAGAUGGUGGAAGUGGCAUUUUGGGAGCAAAACCAGUAUCAAGCUCUUGGGGUGCCGCAGCAGAUGGCCGAAGUGGCGGAGCUACUGGUGAAGCAAAGCCUGGUGAUUCAUGGAGCAAGCCGUCAGCAAGUGCGUGGGGUAAGGGAGAUGGUGGAAGUGGCGGAGCUACUGGUGAGCCAAAGCCUGCUGAUUCAUGGAGCAAGCCAUCAGCAAGUGCCUGGGGUAAUGGAGAUGGUGCAAGCGGUGGAGCUAGUAGUGAAGCCAAGCCUGCUGAUUCAUGGACCAAACCAUCAGCUAGCGCCUGGGGUAAUGGAGAUGGUGGAAAUGUUGGAGCUAGUGAGGAAGCAAAGCCCGCUGAUGCAUGGAGCAAGCCGUCAUCAAGUGCUUGGGGAAGUGGAAGUGGCUCCGGAGGGUGGUGAUCACUCUUGGAAUCUCCCCAAAGUAAAAACCAAUGAACCGUUCAGCUCUGUAUUUAUUUCUUUUGCUCCAAGUCACAGAUAGCCCAUAAUCCGUGAAUCUGUUGACAGUAGUUAAUUUAUAUCUCGCGGCAUCUUUUUUGCGAAGAACUCUGAGCAUGACACAUGCUUCCGAGUCUUCUAACAUUAGGCACUGAGUCAGUGUAGAACUCUUCAGUUUAUGGAUGCUCAUUAAGUAAUCUAUUAUCUAUUCUGGGUUAAUGUACUGCUCUUUUGAGUUGUGUUACUCCUGUAUAUGAGUUUGCCCGGUGUUGUUGUUCUUUUUUUC